AAGGCCAUUCGCGCUGCAAAUACCGAAGGAAAAGAUUGGAAAAGCGAGCUCAACACCUUUUCACUCAAUUACCGAGCAACAGCUCAUUGCACUACUGGAAAAUCACCCGCUGUUCUCUUGUUUGGUCGAGAGAUACGCACCAAGCUCGCGUCGUUGAACACUAGCCGUUGGCCAGCUUCAACGUCACCUGUUGUCGACCCCGCCAUUCUAGAGCGUGAUCGUUGUCAGAAAGCAAAGAUGGAGAAGUAUGCGAAUGAGAAAAGACGUGCAGCACCUUCCAACAUAAAGAGGGGUGACAAAGUUCUUUUGAAGCAAGAACGAAAGAAUAAGUUAUCCACAAAAUAUGACCCAGACCCGUAUAUAGUGGUAGGAACGAAAGGCACGAGUUUACUUAUAAAGAGACGAGCCGAGCCCGAGAUAAUGAGAAAUUCGUCAGCAGUUCGAAAAUUGCCGCCAGAGGGAACAGAUAGUCAUCCACACGAAGCCAAACGGAAACCAGACCAAGUGGUCGAUACAACAGCAAAGCCUAGACCCCAGCGAGAGCGAAAACCUCCUGAAUAUCUUGGAUAUGAAAAGUGA